ACACAACUUAACAAUCAAUCCCAAUUGCCAAAAAAAAAAUUGUUUUUUUCACAAAUUCAUACCCGUAAUAUAGUUCAAGAGUUAGAGAAUUGUUCUAGAGUUAAUCCACAAAAUUUUUGAAAUUUCCCAUAUGGGACAAACAAUUUUUGGUCAGUGGUGUCAACCUUACAAUUGAAUCGAGAAAUUGAAACCAUAGGCUGUGCUACUAUAAUUUUUUUUCUGUGUAGUUUCAAGUAUUGUCGUGCUUCCAUCAGAUUUCAACAAAUUGGGUUUCCCAAAACUUUCGGAUCAAAUAUGCUCUGGACGAGAAGAUACACACCGACAAAGAUGAAGCAAUUGCAGCCAUUGAAGAACCUUACUCAGUCGCGGAGGACAGCUCUCGUUGGUGUUUUCGUGCUCCUUUUCCCGAUUUUGUCCCCGAAUCUCUUCGGGCCUCUUGGCCGCGCCUCUCCUUCUCUCUUCUCCGAAUGGAAUGCUCCAAGGCCUAGACAUAUGCGCUUACUCCAAGGCGCUCUUGAUCGAGAAAUUUCGAUCAGACAACAGGUUGAGUUAUGGUCUCCCUUACCAGAUCAAGGUUGGAAGCCUUGCACUCAAUCUUAUAGAGGAUCUCCCUUACCGGAGAAGUCUCAAGGGUUUCUUCAGGUGUUCCUUGACGGCGGACUAAAUCAACAAAGGAUGGGGAUCUGUGAUGCUGUUGCUGUUGCCAAGAUUAUGAAUGUUACACUUGUGAUUCCACGCCUUGAAGUGAAUCCUGUUUGGCAAGAUUCAAGUUCCUUCACAGAUAUAUUUGAUGUGGAGCACUUUAUAAGUGUCCUUAAAGAUGAGGUGCGGAUUGUUAGAGAGCUUCCAACACAGUAUGCCUGGAGCACGCGUGAUUAUUAUGCCACAGGUAUUCGAGCUACUAGGAUUAAGACUGCCCCUGUUCACGCUUCAGCAGAGUGGUAUUUGGAAAAUGUCUUGCCUGUUAUUCAGAGUUAUGGUAUUGCUGCUGUUGCCCCAUUCUCUCACCGUUUGGCAUUUGACAAUUUGCCUGAAAGUAUACAGCGUUUACGGUGUAAAGUAAAUUUUGAAGCAUUAAACUUUGUUCCUCGUAUUCGGGAGCUAGGGGACGCUCUUGUGCAUCGACUAAGAUAUCCUCCUUCCAGCUCUCAAACAUCAGGAAAUAUCGAUCCAACAGACAGAAUAAAUACCAUCGUAAAAGCUGGAUCUGGAAAGUUCGCCGUGCUUCAUCUUCGUUUUGAUAAAGAUAUGGCUGCUCAUUCAGGCUGUGACUUCGAAGGAGGCAAAGCAGAGAAACUGGCACUGGCCAAAUAUCGCCAGGUGAUUUGGCAAGGAAGGGUCUUAAAUUCACAGUUCACAGAUGAGGAGCUAAGAAACAAAGGGCGUUGCCCAUUGACACCAGAAGAGAUUGGUUUACUACUUUCAGCGUUGGGUUUCAGUAACAACACCCGUCUCUAUCUAGCUUCACACCAGGUUUACGGAGGAGAAGCAAGAAUCUCGACACUGCGUAAACUGUUCCCUGGGAUGGAAAACAAGAAAAGCCUAGCCUCUGCGGAGGAACUGGCUGAUGUAGAAGGGAAAGCUUCUCUAAUGGCUGCAGUCGAUUAUUACGUGAGUAUGAAGAGCGAUAUCUUCAUAUCUGCAUCUCCUGGGAAUAUGCACAACGCAUUGCUGGCGCAUAGAGCCUACUUGAAUCUCAAAACCAUAAGACCAAACAUGAUACUGUUAGGACAGGUUUUCGUGAACAAGAGCUUAGAUUGGUCUGAGUUUGAAGGAGCAGUAGUGAAUGGGCACAAGAACAGGCAUGGCCAGCUUCGUAUACGCAAGCAGAACCAGUCUAUUUACACUUAUCCAGCUCCUGAUUGCAUGUGUAAAGUAGCUUAGCCUUUCCCCUUUUUGGCCCCAAUAUAUACUGAUACUUUAUUUUCUUCUUCUUUUAUUCCUAAGAUAUGACUUCUAUGUACUCUAUGAGUAAAUUAAUAGUUGAGGAACUCAAUACUAUAUGAUGCCCUUUGUCUUCAUCA